UCGGAACCCAGGGACCCCGGCCUGCGCCCCCGGGGUCCCUGGCGCUCUAGACAUCUCUCCACCGACGAGGAAACUGAAGCCAGGGAGGGCGGUGCGUGCCCCCACCGGGUGACUAUGCCCAAGGUCAAGUCCAAGGGUGUGGGCCCGGGGGCUCUCCUCCCACGCAGCCCAAUGAGGAAUGCAUCAAGCCCAUGAAGGUGGAAAAGACGCUGGGAAGCGGAGUGGCCAAGAUCCACAUUGAAGAUGACGGGAGUUAUUUCCAAGUCAGUCAGGACGGAGGGACACGGAAGCUAGAGAAGGCCAAGAUCUCACUGGAUGACUGCCUGGCGUGCAGUGGCUGUGUCACCUCAGCCGAGACUGUGCUCAUCACUCAGCAGAGCCACGAGGAGCUACGGAAGGUUCUAGAUGCCAAUAAGACACUGGCGCCUGGUCAGCAGAGGCUGAUUGUCAUUUCGGUCUCACCUCAAUCCAGAGCAUCGCUGGCUGUGAAAUUUCAGCUGAAUCCUACAGAUACUGCCAGGAAGUUAACUGCAUUCUUUAAAAAACUAGGGGCGCACUAUGUGUUCGAUACCGCCUUCUCGAGGAACUUCAGUCUCCUGGAGAGCCAGCGAGAGUUCGUGCGGCGAUUCCGGGCACAGGCCGACUCCAAACAGGCCUUGCCCGUGCUGACUUCCGCCUGCCCAGGCUGGAUCUGCUAUGCCGAGAAGACCCACGGGAACAUCAUCAUCCCCUACGUCAGCACAGCCCGGUCCCCACAGCAGGUCAUGGGCUCCCUGGUCAAGGACUUCUUUGCCCGGCAGCAGUGUGUGACCCCUGACAAGAUCUACCACGUGACAGUGAUGCCCUGCUACGAUAAAAAGCUGGAAGCGUCCAGACCCGACUUUUACAGCCAGGAGCACCAGACACGCGACGUGGAUUGUGUUGUCACGACAGGAGAAGUCUUAAAAUUGCUGGAAGAAGAAGGGGUCUCGCUAUCGGAACUGGAGCCAGCCCCCCUAGAUAGUCUGUGCAGCAGCGUGUCUGCCCAGGAGCCCAUCAGCCAUCGAGGUGGGGGUUCAGGGGGCUACCUGGAGCACGUGUUCCGGCAUGCAGCCCGGGAGCUCUUUGGAAUCCACGUGGAUGAGAUCACCUACAAACCUCUGAGGAACAAGGAUUUCCAGGAGGUGAUGCUGGAGAGGGAGGGCCGAGUCCUGCUGCACUUUGCCGCGGCUUACGGUUUCCGCAACAUCCAGAACCUGGUGCAGAAGCUCAAGCGAGGGCGCUGCCCGUACCAUUACGUGGAGGUCAUGGCCUGCCCCGCAGGUUGCCUGAACGGGGGAGGCCAGCUCAAGGCCCCUGACGCACCCGACAAGCAGCUUCUCCAGCACGUGGAGAGGCUGUACAGCAUGGUCAGGACAGAGGCUCCAGAGGACGUGCCUGGCGUCCAGGAGCUGUACGGGCAGUGGCUGCACGGCGAGGGCUCCACGCAGGCCGACCGCUUACUGCACACGAGCUACCACGCAGUAGAGAAAGCCAGUUCCGGCCUCAGCAUCAGGUGGUAGGAGAGCCCACGGCAGCCAGGGGAGGCUGUGCCGGGUCUCCAGGAAGGAAGUCACCCCGAAAUGCUGGGUGAGGAACCCGCAUAGAGCUGGGACUCGGGACCCACAGCCAGUCAAGGUGAACUCCAGCCUGCACUUCAGCUGGACUCGCCAGCACAGGAGGCCAGAGGUUCCACAGGGUUCUAGAACCUCCCACACACCCAUGUCCGUGGGCAGUGCCCUGGCUCCUCCUGGUUGUGGUGGCCCAAGCGGGUGAGGCUGUUAGCCAGUCUCACGAGGAGCUUAAGGCAGAGCAAAAGUGGGGUUCCUCUCCCCCAUUUCUAGAGUUACCCCGGAAGCUGCGAUAGGCCAGACCUGCUGGGCUGGUCAAGCUUACAGCGCAACAUGGGGAACCGAAUUGCAUUUGGCAGCAGAGGAAAGGGGCCCCCAGCCCACGACACCCCAUGCUGGGGAAGUGGUGUCACUCCACCUGGAACUGGGUUUUCAUUUUCACAAAGCUGAGGCCUCCAGGGCCCAAGAACCUGUGUUCUCCGGGCCAAGUUCCACGUGGGAAGAAGGCUCUGUUGGUGCCAGGCCUCAGUUAUCUCUCCAGCUGAGUACUGUCUCAAGCGCUGGAUGCCCACUUACCGGGGUGGGGGAGGGAGAGAGCACAGACCCGGCACAGACCCGGGUGGCCUGUCAGGCCCCGCCCCACCGAGCUCCACUUCUAAUAAAGAGACCUUCUGGAAACAGCAUCUCUCUGAGUUU